AUGAUACUAGAUUCAGUUGGCUGGCGGUUGAGUACUAUACCGGGAUGUUGGGCGGAGCAACAGGCGGUGAGGCGGCAGAAACCGGCGGAAAUCCAUCCAAAUCCGUUGAGACCGAAAGACGAGAGUUUGGGAUUCUUUGGAUGCCGCGAAGAUCUCCCUCUCUGUUCCCCUAAAUUCAAGGUUUCUGUCAAUCUUCUUCUCACUCUCCUUCUCUUCCUCCCCGACAUCCCUCUUCCUAGUCCUUCUCCGCUUCCUCCUCCCCUUCUUCCCGCCACCCCUACCGCCGGGUCAUGCACCGUCUUUGCGGCCCUCUCGCCUGACCUCGUCAUCCCCAAAGUCCGCAUACCCCAGAGAACCCCAGAUCAGCCGGUUCUCUUUCCCCCACCUGAAAACCCCCUCUCCACCACGACCACCAUGUCCCUCUUCUCCUACGUCGCCUCGGGCAUCAGCUCCUUCGUCGUCUUCACGCUCUCUCUCUUCGCCCUCGGCCAAAAAGUUCCCCGCGCCGCCUUCGUCGCCCGGUGUCUCGCCGCCUAUGGCUCCCUCCUCCUCUGCGCCACCUACGGCGUCGUCGCCUCAAUUGUGCUCCGGAUCGCUGGCUACGGCCGCAUCUCGCAAUAUGCCACCGCGCGCAGUUUCAAGUGGGUCAUGCGCUACACCACCGGCGUGACUUUCAACAUCAUCGAAGGUGCUGAACACCUGAACACCCGACCCGCCGUGUUCAUCGCAAACCACCAGUCCGAACUGGACGUGCUCAUGCUCGGCUACAUCUUCCCUCCGUACUGCAGUGUCACGGCCAAGAAGUCCCUCAAAUAUAUUCCCUUCCUCGGCUGGUUCAUGUCCCUCUCUCGCACCGUCUUCAUUGAUCGUGCCAACCGCGAAACGGCUGUCAAGGCCUUUGAUAGUGCUGCCGAUGAGAUGCGCAACCAUCGCCAGAGCGUCUUUAUCUUCGCCGAGGGCACGCGCAGCUACUCUGAUACUCCGGAACUGUUGCCCUUCAAGAAGGGUGCGUUCCAUCUUGCGCUGAAGGCGGGUGUGCCAAUUGUGCCGGUGGUUACGGAGAAUUACUCGCAUGUGCUGUCUCCCCGGAACAUGAGGUUCGAGCCGGGCACGAUCAAGAUCAAGGUCCUCCCCCCAAUCAGCACGGAAGGUCUCACGACCGCCGACAUCGACGCUUUGACCAAGUCCACGCGAGAGUCCAUGCUCAAGGCCCUACUCGAGUUGGCCGACAAGGACAAGCAGGAGGUGGAUUCGACGGUUGCCGCGAACGGCAAGUCCACUGCUGUGGAGCUGUAG